AUGAGGGAAUGGAGCUUGGAAAAUGAGGUGGAAAGAUUCGUGAGCGAGGCGAGGAAAAGACAAGAUAAGAAGGACAAAACAAAUGAAGAAUGGAGAAGACAAGAAAAAGAAAAGCUCAUUGAAGAAAAGCCAAAAAAAAUUAAUGGAAAUGAGCUGGAGGAAGAACUAAAAGAAAGGAAGCAAAAAAGAGCAAGAGGUGAUGAAGGUGGAGAAAUAACUUACGUCGGGGAAGACGAAGAGAGUUUAGGAUCAGUAAUUGACCUAAUACUAACGCUGGACAGAGGCGAUGAGCAAGAAAUAGAGGUAAGAGUGGUGGAAAGAAUAGAGUCAGAUCAUCUACCAGUGUUGGCGAGAUAUAAGGUAAAGAGAAAUGAGGAAGAGAGUAAGGAAGGAAGCUGCAUGUCAGAGGAGGAAGAGCAGGAAGAAAUUGGAGCAAAUAAGCUGAUCUGGAAGAAAGAAAAAAUACAGGAGUAUGCAGAAGCAACGCAGGAAGCACUGACAGAAGCAGUUGAGGAAAAAAACGAGCUUAAGUGGGAGGAUAUAAAGGAAAUAGUAAGAAAAGGGGCUGAAAAAACGGGGAUGGUGAUGAAAGGAAAGAAGGACAAAGAUACAAAGGAGAAAAAAAAGUGGUACAAUAUCGAGGGUAAAAAAAAAGAAAAGAAGUUCAGAGGAAGAAAGAAAAGUGCUGCAAGCAACAGCAUAAGAGCAAAACAAUGGGAAAAGCACUUUAGUGAUCUGCUGAAUGGGGAAGGCAAUAAAGAAUCGGAAGAAGAAGAAAAUGAGCCGUGGAAAGGAGAAGGUAGUAAUGAAGGAUCAGAGGAGCCGAAGCUCGAUAAAAACUUCAGCAGGAGAGAAGUGAAAGCCGCAAUAAGAAAGCUCAGGAAUCACAAAGCUCCAGGGGAAGACGGGAUGGCAGCAGAAUUUAUAAAGAACAGUGCACCAGAUGUCAUCGAAUGGAUAGGCGAAAUUAUAAAUAGAAUAUGGGACGAAGGAAGUAUGCCAGAAUGA